AUGGAUUUCAGACUGCGACGCACUGUUUUCGUUAGCGUAUUCGUGGCUAGCUUCUGCUGCACAAUGUGCCUCACCGUCCAUGAGGCUCUCGAUCAGUUCCAUAUUGAGCCAUCGCGGGAUAAUUUGCGCGAGGGCGACUCAUACAAUGUGACCUGCUGGUCGGACACUCUGGCCGCCCUCGACAAACUGUGCGGCGCCGGGGGAGCUCAGCGAUUGUAUAUGCAGGCGAGCCGAUCGAAUCUGACGGUGAGCAUCCUUAAUGGCACGGCUAUUUACCACGAGGUGCGAUCGGCUCGGCCGAAGCACGGUCGUGCGUUUGGCUAUGAGUGCCUGUGCGAUGGCGCAGCGAUAGUCUCCUCGUUCUUUCCGGUGGGCGUGCGAUUGCAGGUCGACGACUUCAGCUGCCGAUUCGAGGACGUCGAGUCUCCGGCGCCAUUCAACUGCAGCUUCAGCAGGCCGACCAAGAGCGAUGCGGUGGACGCCACGGCGAACUACACGCUGCAGCAUGGCGAUCGGACUGUCGCCUGCCAGCCGGCUGGUCCAGGCCUACGGAUGCAGUGCAUCGGCCGGCUGAACAAUUUCCAAAGGGCAUUCAACUUCACAUUGAGACUGCACGAUCGAUUGGGUGAGCAUUCGCAGCGAUUCCAGCUGCGGCGCGAACAGAUGAUCGUGCUGGAGCGUCCGGGUGCCGAUCUCAAUGUGACGAGCCUAAACAGCUCAUCGAUCUGCCUGGAGUGGAGCGCCAAGCGGUCCACAAACCACAUUGGCUACAAAAUCAAGUGGUCGACGCUGCUGCUGAACGACAACAUCAACAACAAAAGUAUCCUGUGGUCAGAUGUGAAGCAGGUGACAAACAGGGAGAGCGUCUGCCUCUACCGACUGCCCCAUCCGUAUGUGAACUAUACGAUUGAGCUGAAACGUCGCUACAACUAUUCAGGAGCCCAUUCAAGUCCCAGCUUUGUCUAUAGCUUCUACACGCUUCCAGAGCGGCCGGCACGUCCACCGCGCGUCUGGCCAGGCAGCUACUACAUCGAUCCCAGGCGGCCGAACAAGCUGGACAUUUACUGGCAGCCGUUGUCCCAACUGGAGCACAAUGGCCCACAGUUCACCUACAACGUGACCGUACAAAGGUCCAGCGAUCCGAGCCAAGUCAUUCCUGCCAAAGUGGCCGUCGGUACGAAUAGAGCCGUUAUCACCGAUCUGAAGCUGAACACCGAUAACUUUACGAUAGUCGUGCGCAGUCAGAACUCGUUGGGCAGCUCGGUUCAGAGCAGUUGGAUACGAAUACCGUGGCUGAACGCGCCGGAGCGAGCGCGGCGCGUGCCCAAAAAGUUGAACAUGUUCGGGGUGAUGGGGGCUAGGGAGAAGCAGGAGCAGCUCACCUGGGAUCCCCCGGAGGAACAGGCGCUGCUGCGAGGCUACACGGUCUGCUGGUGCAGCUGGAACACAACGGACCGCAGCCACUGUGAGUUCGCUGAGGUGAAGCCCUGCAGCCAGUGCCAAUACGAGCCGCCGGCUGGCCUGCUCGUCGGCUCCUGGGCCGUUUCGGCCAAUUACGAUGGCCGCGAUGCGCUUGGCAGUGGCGGCAUGAGCUGGCUGGAACCGAACCAAUUGUCACCGAUGGCGCCGGUCGUCCACUCGGAUCAUAUGCACAAUAUACAGGGCAUCAUUGCGCUCAUCAUACUCGGCAGCUUCCUAUAUUUCUUUGUGCGCAAGGUGCGCCAUAUGUCCAACAUUAAAGUGGAUCUGCCAGAGGGUCUGCAGAGUGUGGCGCCGGCGCUGGAGCUUUCGCUUCUAGCCACCACAGAUAUGCAGCAGGAGCCACUGGACUAUGUGAGCAUAUCAAAUCGAGCUGCGGAUCUGACCAAUCCCUCGGGCUACAUUUCCAUGCAGCCCACACAGCUGGACAAAGUCACAGGCUAUGUGAGCCUACCAUGA